AUGAUCCUUGCCAAUGGCUUGUACCGCACAAACAGCGAGAGAAGAGAAUCUGAGAGCCAACCUACCAGCUAUCCGGGACGCGCCCAGCAGCGCUCUCCCAGCCCUCAUGGACCCCUAGAACAGCUUCUGGCAAGCGGUUUUUGGCAGGGAUUAAGGUGCACCAGUAAGCCGCUAUCGGCGCGGCUCCCGCCUAACCCCACUAAAUCCUCGGACUUCGGCGCCACCUUUACCCGGGAGAGCAUGCUCGUCACAAAGGCAAGAUUGAUCAACGUCCGGCUCAUCUCCAUGGCCAUGACCGGCUUCUUCUACACCUUCAAGAGGCCCAGAACGGCGCCCAUGAUGGGCAUGCUCAAGUACGACCCGAUAGUCCGCAAAAAGGUCUUGUUCCUCGAAACGAAGAAGCGAUCCAAAUAA